AGCAUCGGCACCAGCAGCGACGUCGUUCCAGCAUCGGACUUAACUCCCACGCUCACUCCCUCCCUCCCUCCCUCCCCAUGAUAAUAGAUGAUGAUAGAUGAUAAUAGAUGAUGCCACGCCAGGGCUUGUUUUUCUUCUGCUCUGACGUUGAUGAGGAGGAGGAGGAACGCUUCGGAGGAGGAGGAAGAGUGAGGGAAUAAAAGGAAAAUACAACAAAUUACAAAAUUUUGAUUUGUAUUAGGAGCUUGUGGUUUGCUUGCCGUAGCUUGUAAGUUACAUGGGGGCCUAGGGGUUCGAGGAGACAGGGACCCUGCAGCAACAACCCACCACAUGGCACCAAUUGCCAGGGAGCAGUUGGAAGAGACUAAGACUAAGCACAGACCUCGCGAUGCGGUGAUAGAUUCGCGAUGUUGAUUGAGGCUUUGCUUUUGAUCCAUUGUAGAGUUCGUUACUUUUCUUCCUCACGGUGGUUCUGGUUUUCGUUCGUUUAGUGCGAGACAACAAUCAGUUGCAUGGUGUGGGGUGGAUAUCUUGGACUUGAUUGUACUUGCAAGGUUUAUGUACUUGCUGGUUGUUAGGGUUUCGAGUUUGGAGGAGAGGAAAGGUUGGAUCCUUAGAGAGGGUGAGGUGAUGAAGGGGUGGAGCGAUGGUGUGGCGGUGAUUGGGGACGAGGAUCUAUGAAGUGGCAAGUGGAAGGUGAGGGAUUGUGAUUGUAAGGUGUAGAGAGGGACGAAGGCGAUGCAUUUGGGGAUCUUAGCAGGUGUAUGCACUGGCGCACAUGUGGACGAUCGAGACUAGGAAUUGCGGGCCAGGAGCAUUUGGGCAUUGCAGGCACAGAGAGACUUUAAGAACUUUGGAGAGGAGAGUGAGGGCGAGAGAGGAUUUGGCUACUUGAUGAGGGCGCUGGAACUGGGAGGUUUCGAGAGAUUGAUAAUAUUGGCAUGAGAUUGAGUUAGGCCGUGAGGACUUUGUGCAUUCGGAGUGCAUGAAGCGCGAAUGUUAACAGUAGGUAAGAAAUGCAACAGAUCUCGUGGCAGAUUUCAUCGCAACUGAAGUGCUAUGGAAGGCGAAACCGUGCAAAGCCUGAGCCCUCGAGCGUCGAAAGUGGUCCUCCUCUGGUCAAAGAUGUUAGAGGUCUAACACCCGUGAAGAAGGUUUCGCCCACUCCAACAAGUGAUCAGGCGGUGGAUGUUUUUGUCGCGCAGGUGAAGAAGCCGCAUGCAGGUAGGGGUAGACCUAGAAAAGUUGUUGGUGUCCCUAAACAGGGAGUAAAAUCUCUUAGCGAUGUGGUCACCAAGAAGAUGCCGGCAACAAGAAGUUCGGCAGGUAAGCCUGUCGCGUUUGUCGCGUCUGACGGCAGGGAGGUUGCGAAGGAUUCGAUUUCUAUUGAGGAAACAGUUCCCGAGGGGAGUUCCUUGAAGACUCUGGUGCGGUCUCAGGAUAAAGUGCCAGUUAGAGUGAGAAUCGUAGGUCCGUUUAGCAAUGGAGGCUCUAAGCAUGGAAGGGAUGAGAGCUUUGGGUCACUUUCUUCUGGUUCUCAGAAAUCUAGGGGGCAAAUUGUGAGACAGGAGGCUCAGCGAGCUGCAGAUGACGAGACUUCCGAUGGAUUGCAGCCGAAUCAGAGAAAAAGUGAUGGAUUGGCCGCUAGAGAUGAGAAGAUUUCUUGUAGGAGGGAAAUCGAAAGAAGUUCAAUUCAUGAGAAGAAAGUUGCGGAGGAGCAGGUCAUUGAUAAGAGGGAGGAGGGGCAAACUGUUCCUGAGAAGAAAAGGACUGCACAUUUUCAUUAUGGGAGGAAAGAUGCAGUGGAACAGGUAAUUGACAAGAGAAAUCAAUGGUUACCUGUUACUGAAAGAAAAAUGGGUGGAAAGACCCAUCAUGAUAUUCAUGAGACGGGGGAACAGGUGAUUCAUAAAAGAGGUGAGGGGCGUUAUAUUUUUGAGAUGUCAGCGGGUGGUAAGUCUCAGCGUGAGAGAAUAGAUGGAGAACAUUCAACUCGAGGCAAACAUCCAUCUGCUUCGGAGGGUACCUUGGCAUCUCGUCGGCGAUUCAUGGCUUUGCGAAGACGUCAACGCGAGGACUUGCUGCUCUCUCGAGCGGAUGAAAUUCUUCUCAAGCAAGAGUUUUUGGAGGCGAAUAAAGACAAAAAGGUUCAGCCAAAAAGUAAGAAACCAGCCCGACCCAAGACGCACUGGGAUUUUGUAAUCGAGGAGAUGACUUGGCUCGCUAAAGAUUUUGAGAGAGAGCGCAAAUGGAAACUAACUCAGGCUAAGAAGAUCGUAUUGCGAGUAAAUAGGAGUAAGCUGGAUGUUGUAGCAAGGGACCGACGACUAAAGGAAGAGGAACAGCGAAUGCGAAGGGUGGCUAGUAAUAUUGCUAAAGAUGUCAAGAAGUUUUGGUUAAAAGUGGACAAGCUGGUGUCCUAUAAGCAGCAAUUACUGGUUGAGGAAAGAAAGAAGAAGGCACUUGACAAGCAUCUGGACUUCUUAUUAGGACAAACGGAAAGAUAUUCAACAAUGUUGGCUGAAAACCUUGCUGAUAAUACAACUGCACAUGAGCCACAAAGCCAUCAACCAUUUCCUUCAUUGUGUAAGGAAGUUUCUAGUACGGAUAUACAAGUGCUAUCAGUGCUCUCAGAGCAGAUUAAUGUUUCUGGUGAAGCUGAGAAGCUAGAAGGAGCUGUGCGAAUGGAAGUUGAAGGUGAUGAUGAAUUCAUUGUAGAGGACAAAGAUGAACAAGAGGAUGACGAAGCUACAUUAGAAGCAGAUGAAGCCUUGAUAACGGAAGAAGAAAGGAAAGAAGAGCUUCUUGCAUUGCAAAUAGAGAGUGAGCUUCCACUUGAAGAUCUUCUCAUUGCGUACAAACUUAUGAGAGGGGAUUCUGCCAGUGAGGCAGGUGACGAUGAGGACAAAAAUGGUGAAACAGAUCAGGAAGAUGACGAUGAUAAAGAAGAGAAGGUAGUAGAGGGUCCUACAUAUGUUACACCUGUUGAGGAGUCCAAGAAAGGGACUUCUGCAGCUGCACAUGAUAUAGGAUCGCUUGGACAGCCUGAUUCCGUUGAGGGAUGCUUGGGUUCAUCGGAUGACGGACCAGUUGAUGUUAAUGCUGCAGUGCCCCAAUUGCUGGGCAAGAAAGAAAAGUCCUCCGAAGUGGGUGCUGUUGAUAAAGCUUUGUUGAGCGAUGAGGCACCAGCUGUUCUAUUGGGUUCAGGCGAGAUUAUAGAAGUAGAUAUGGCUGGGCCUGUCGUUGACCUAGUAGCAAGUGAGACAGAUGAAAACUUAGCAAAGCUUGUUGUCGGGGUUACCCAUCGCAAUACUAUUGGUGCCUUCUUAACUCAGGUUAAACCUCAGAAACGGAGACAUCUUAGUCCAAAGUCUUUGCAGCAUCAGAUUGGAGAGUUGCAGGACGAUAACGAGUACAUUCCCGCUCUGUUAGGAGAUGAGGAUGUAGAGGAUGACGACGAACGAACCUUAGAGGAAGAGGAACGCAUUGCUAUGGAAGAGGGUGACAGAAAUAUCAAUGAGAUCAAUGAACUGAAGCUCGAGAGUGAGAUGCCGUUAGAAGAACUUUUAGCGAAGUAUAGAUGUGGUAUGGACUUUGAUGGGGAAGAUACUAAUGAUUUUUCGGUCGAUCGACGAGAUCGGACCAGUGAAGCUGGUAUUAGUGGAUCUAGUAGUGACGAUGAGGAUGAUGAGAGGGGAGUUAAUUACUUCUCCGAGGCAAUAGAGAGGAUGGGGGAACCUAGUACAAGUGGGCGGGACUAUCAGCGAUUAUCAUCAACUGAAGUAGACAGGGAAAUGAAUAAUUUCAAUGUUAUUAAUACGGUGGAGGUCAAGCAAGAAGUUGUGGAGGCAAAAUUGUUCGACAAUAAUGUUGGAGACUUCCAGAAGGUGGACGUACAUGGUCGGGUAUUACAUCCCGAUGCUCAGAGUUUGAGUAGAGAUGACGUAUUGGUAUCCGGAUCUAACAAGGAUGUAUCGUCUUCGACAUCCUUGUUGCUCGGAGGGGAUAUUUUUGAUGUGCUAGAGGAGACCGCAAUUCCAAAAACUAUAGAAACGAAGGAGAGUUCAGCUGCAGAGGAUGCUCUUUCCCUACCUGCUAUAUCGUCUGUAGUUAACGAGGAUUCUAGAUCUGUUUUCGGCAUACCUACAUCAGACCCAGUCAAGAGUGGCAACAUGCUAGGCGAUAGAGGCUUGGCAUGUGACUUGCAGUCUCUUGCAGUUGGGAGAGUGCAGAAGUCUGAUAGUAACAUACAAAGCAAACCAGAGUGCACUACUAGCAUCAUUUGUCAUGAAACUCCCAAUGAAGUUCAAAGUACCGAGGUUAAGGAUCAGGUACCUGCGUUACCAGAGACUCUGGACGUUGGGGAAAACAAAAAGAGUGAGGAUAGGCUUGCUGAUUAUGCCGCAGCUGCUCAGUCGGCGCAACCUACUGGUUAUACAUUUUCUACGACUCAAGUGAAGACAAAAUUACCAUUUCUUUUGAAGCAUUCUCUUCGGGAGUACCAGCACAUUGGUCUUGAUUGGUUGGUUACAAUGUAUGAGAAGCGGCUCAACGGUAUUUUAGCAGACGAAAUGGGUUUAGGAAAGACAAUUAUGACUAUUGCUCUAUUAGCUCACCUGGCUUGCGAAAAAGGCGUUUGGGGUCCGCAUCUAAUCGUAGUGCCCACAAGUGUUAUGCUGAACUGGGAGACUGAGUUCAUGAAAUGGUGCCCUGCAUUCAAGAUAUUGACCUACUUCGGGAAUGCUAAGGAAAGGAAGUUGAAGCGACAGGGAUGGUCAAGACCUAAUUCAUUUCAUGUGUGCAUUACUACAUAUCGUUUAGUUAUUCAAGAUGCUAAAGCAUUUAAGCGAAAGAAAUGGAAAUAUUUGAUACUUGAUGAAGCGCAUCUCAUAAAAAAUUGGAAAUCUCAAAGAUGGCAGACUUUGCUGAACUUUAAUUCUAAGCGCCGUAUUCUUCUUACUGGGACCCCUCUGCAGAACGAUCUUAUGGAACUUUGGUCUUUAAUGCAUUUCCUCAUGCCUCACGUUUUUCAGUCUCAUCAAGAGUUUCGUGAUUGGUUCUGCAACCCAAUAACUGGGAUGGUAGAGGGCGAGGACCAGGUGAACAAGGAGCUGGUGGAUCGCUUGCAUAAUGUCUUGCGUCCUUUCCUGUUACGGCGUUUGAAGAAGGACGUAGAGAAGCAAUUGCCUGGAAAAUUUGAGCACGUUAUUCGUUGCCGUCUUUCUAAAAGGCAACGAAACCUUUAUGAGGAUUUCAUGGCCAGCUCUGAUACACAAGCAACUCUUUCGAGUGGCAAUUUUUUUGGCCUUAUUAAUGUUUUAAUGCAGUUGCGAAAAGUCUGUAAUCAUCCUGACUUGUUCGAAGGUCGUCCUAUCGUAUCUUCAUUUGACAUGACUGGGAUCAAGUUACAUCUAAGUUCUGCCGCUUGCUCAGCAACGGCUAUGGGUCCCUUUGAUGGGAUUGACUUAGGAACUUUAAAUCUGCAGUUUAGUCGGCUUAGCGGAACCAUGACCAAGUGGGAAGCACACGAGGUAGGCAUGUUGAAGGCUCCAGGUCCAUUGAUCGUCGAACUAGCGGGUACUGGUGAAGACACUUGGGACCGGCAUCAGUCAAAGCACAAACCGAGUAAGGAAGUUCGUACCGUCAUUCAAGAGAUUCAUUCGUCCCUUAGGGACAACAGAGAAAGGCAACGAAGGGAAAGGCUUUUGGCAAUAUCAGUGCUCAAUGAAUUUCGUUGUAACCAGCAACCUCUUUACGGAGCCGACUUUUUGAAGAGCGCGGAGAUUAUUCAUCCUGUCUAUGAUGUGCACAAGGUGAAUGGUAAUCCUAGGCAGUACUUAGAAUUUUCAAGCAUAUUGUCUGAUAUUGUGCAGUUGCCUCUCACUCGGUGUGAAAGUAUGAUUGAUCUGAUUACUGCGUUUGUGUUCGCCAUUCCGGCUGCUCGAGCUCCACAUCCAGUUGCUUGGUGCAGCCAUCUGAUACCUGCAAGCAUAGAUCUAAAGCAAUCAAUCUCAGAAGAAGUCCUGCAACGCGCAAAUUCCAUGCUGGUCCCCCUCAGGCCUGUAUUUGUUAGAAAGCAGUUAUUUUUCCCUGAUCGAAGACUUCUUCAGUUUGAUUGUGGAAAACUGCAGGAGUUGGCAGUUCUACUUCGGAGACUAAAAUCGCAAGGUCAUAGGGCAUUAAUUUUUACUCAGAUGACCAAGAUGCUUGAUGUAUUGGAAUCUUUCAUCAAUUUGUACGGUUAUACGUACAUGCGUCUCGAUGGUUCUACCAAGCCAGAGCAGCGACAGGUUCUGAUGCAACGAUUUAACACUAAUCCGAAAAUAUUUCUUUUCAUUUUGUCGACACGGAGUGGAGGUGUGGGAAUCAAUCUUGUUGGUGCUGACACUGUUAUCUUCUACGACAGUGAUUGGAAUCCAGCUAUGGAUUUACAAGCUCAGGACAGGUGCCAUCGUAUAGGCCAAACUCGAGAGGUUCACAUCUACCGCCUCAUAAGUGAGAGCACUAUCGAGGAAAAUAUCCUGAAGAAAGCUAAUCAGAAGCGGAUUUUGGAUGAUUUGGUGAUUCAGAGCGGAAGUUAUAAUACAGAGUUCUUUAAGAAACUAGACCCUAUGGAGCUGUUUUCUGGACUGAAGGAGAUCAAAGUUCGUGGAACACCAGAUAAGAAAUUAACAUCUUUUAUAACAUCUUCUAUCGUCUCAGAAAUUACAGACGCACCUUUCAUCAAAGUCUUUGAACAGAAAGAACUUUCGAAUGCGGAAGUUGAUGCUGCACUAAAAAAUGCAGAAGAUGAGGCAGAUUACAUGGCAAUGAAACGAGUGGAGCAGGAAGAAGCCGCUGAAAAUCAGGAAUUUACUGAAGAGUUAUUUGCAGGAAAUGUGGACGAGGAAGAUCUAGCAGAUGACUUGGAUGAAAGCGGAAAAAGUAGAAAGCUCCAGACUGAUAUUGCGGGCGUGGAUGGUUCUCGAGUAGGGGAAAGAGCUCCAGAAGAUGGUGGAACUGCGAUUAUAACAGAGGUCAUUCCAUUUGGAGAAUUUUCUAUCCUUCCUGCUGACCCGGACGAGGAAAUGGAUAUGUUAGCUGAUGUGCGGCAGAUGGCAGCUGCUGCAGCAGCAUCUGGACGAGGGAGUAUCUCCUUUGAAGACCAAUUGCGCCCAGUGGAGCGGUAUGCAAUGCGGUUUUUGGAAUUAUGGGAUCCGCGAGUUGACAGCAUGGCUGUUGUUGCGCAGGUAGCAUUUGAGGAGAAGGAGUGGGAAUUGGAUCAACUGGAGAAGCUGAAAGAGGAACAGGAAGCAGAAAUGGACGAAGACAAUGAACCUCUAUUUUAUGAGACUUGGGACACAGCACUAGCUGAUGAGGCCUACCGCCAGCAAGUUGAUAUUCUUGCUCAGCAACAGGAGCAGAAACAGUUGGAGUGGGAAGCAAUGGAGGAAGAAAUGCGCGAUACUGAUAGGGCUCUCGCUGAAGCCGCUGCAACGGUUAGAGGUGCAGAAAAUUUCACUCUGAAGUCUAAAGGGAAGAAGAAGUUGAAGAAGGCAAAGUUCAAAACUUUGGCGGAAGGCUCUUUGAUGACUGGGACUGAAGAUAUCUCUAUCAGGGAAGAAUUUCAAGUUGACAGGAGUAGUGACCCUUCUUACAGGGAUCAACAUUCUGACAUGAUGCUCUUACCCCAUCGGAGUCUGUCUCAAAGAAAGCGCAAGGCUCCAAUGUUGCUAAAAGAAGAAGUUCGAGUUGAGGCGCACACAAAGAAGCUCAAAAAGAAUCAUUUUGGCAAAGAUAGAAGAGUGGCUGGAGAAAAGGGUCAAGGGAAGCAGAGGACACUGGAGGAUAAUAUCUUUAGAACAAUUUUUGGAAUCUCCAAUGAUCACAAGUCGUCAGGCUCUACUCUCCAGGAGAGUGUUGAUCAGCCGGGUGGUUUAUCAAAUUCUGGUGUGCAUGGAGGUACGGUCUUGGCCGGAAAGGAUAAGAGAGGGAAACUUACGAUCUUGGGAAUGCCUCCCAAGAAGGGACCCUUGAUAAUGUUGGAAAAGGAACGGAAGAAAGACAGUUUGAGGUCCCAGGAUCAUCUCCCUCCUGCUUCACCCUGGACACACGGAGAGGAUGCUGUUCUUUGUGCAGUAGUCCACGAGUAUGGAGGUAAUUGGCAGCUAGCGAGUGAUGCAUUGGCAGGUGGACCUGAUGGCGGUGUGUACAGAGGUCGACAUCGUCAUCCAGUCUACUGCAGAGAGAGGUUUCGAGAGCUCCUUGCUCAAAAUGCCGCUGCUGCUAGUGGAGAUCCUGUUAGCGAAAGGAGUGCACUUAGUGCUGCCACAAAUGCUCAACUGAAAGUAACUGAGGAACAUACGAAGCGUUUACUAAAUGCUGUAUUACAGCUUCCAGAUAAAGAGCUUCUCCUUCAGCGGCAUUUUGUGGCUGCUUUAGCUGCUGUUGAAAAGUGGAGAAAAGUUGCUGCCAAGCAUGGUUCUGAGAAAUUACUCACAUCUGCUACCACAAAUUCUCCGUCUGGCCGUAGUUUUGUGCCGCUGAGAAGCCUGUUAAAAUCUCCUUCUUUAUUAACUAAGGCCGGAGCUGGGAUGCCGUCCCCUCGACAAGUGUCAACUGCUCUAGCACAACUUGAGAAAGGGACUAAAGUGCUUUCUAAUCAAACUUUAGCCAAACCGCAUCGUAAGGAGCAAGUUUCGGAGGAUUCAUCCCUUAGGGCUGAAAUUGUGAACUUCAAUAUCACACAAUACCUUGUGGGAUCCCGCGAGUAUGGCGAGUCCUCUGCAAAGGAAGGCGAACCAAAUCUGCGUGCACAAGGUGUAUCUGUGCCAAUUACAUUUGAAGCUCUUGGUUUUCCUUCUUUAUCAUCGUCUCCUCCUCGUCUUACUUCAAAGGCUGUACGACAUCUAGCAGACAUAUUGGUGGAGAAUCGAUUCAGGUUUGCUACUAAGAUUGGUUGGGAUGGAGCUACCCGUGAUUGGGCUGCUGCUGGAGGCUCUGGCACAGGUGUUCUAGGCUUGCACAUUCCAACCAAGGGAAAAGGGGGAUCUAAGAAAAGGCAUAUCUUUGAUUCAAAUAAAACUCCCAAAGCGAAACUACUGAAGACGUCCAAGUUUGGCGUGAAAAAGGGGCUGACUGAUUCUACAUUCAAUCAACCCGCUUGUGGCCCAGUGGUUAAUGCAGAUGAUUUUAAUAGUCCAUCAGGUCAUGAUGUUGAAAUGAAGGUGAAGGUAGCAUUGUCUGGAACAUCGUCAGGACGAAACCUGUUGCUUCUUCAAAAGACAGGCGUGAAACGAAUUAAAAAGAAAGCUAUGAAUAGUGCAUCAUCCGUUUCACCGCCUGCUCCUGGACAUCUGGACUUAAAUGUUCAGCAGCCUGACGCACUGGUUUUGAAUAUUAAGGUAUGUAAAAAGGUCAAAAAGAGCAGCUCUGGAGUUGUACCUGGAGCUAUCGAAAUUGCACACAAGAUGGCGAAGAAAUCGCCAAAAAAGUUAAAUUCACUAUCUAAACCUCUCACGAAUCCUGAAGCAGGUGUUGGCUCUCCAAUUGGUUUGGGUCUCUCAGGUGGCAGCCCGUCGAGAUACCGUGCUUUUAAUGGGGAUAGUACACGAAAUAAUCUCUCUCCAGGAAGGGGAAUAGAUCUUAACGGAUCUAGCGACGAAGAUGUUACCAUUGUGGGGAUUUCAGCUGGUACUAGAUAUAAUUUGCUUCAUUCCCAAGUUCCAGCCCCAUUUAGUAAGCCAGGGACAUCCAGGCAUUUCACCAAGAAAUCCGAGAUAUCAAGUGCAGCAAGGUCGAACAUUGCGGGACUUGAGAGAUCUGUCGAGCUGGAUUUUUUAGGUUCACGGUUAUCUGUAAAAGCUUUUGAAUCCUUGAACAACGAGGAUUCUAGUUUAGCAUCACACUUGAUGAAUAUACUUACGUGUUCGCCAGCUCAGGACUUACUUGCAUUUGAUGGCGUUCCUGAAGGGCUCUCCCGAGUUCAAUGGCCGCCUGCUCCAGGCGGUUGGCCUGUUUCUACACUUAAUGAUCUGGACCUCCCCAUAGAUCUGUCCUCGCCCUCAUUUUCAGAGGGCAAGCAGAAGUCGGCGGUGGCAUUACCCUUCAGGAGUUCUUCUCCAGGACAGGCGGGGAGGAGUCUUGGAAAGGAAUCUUCCCUUUCAGUCUCACGAUUGCAAAUGACAGAGGGUACAGCGAGGAUGGUCAACCUGCAAGAAGAGCCUGAUCACACUCCUACAUGGUCGCGAGAGACACAAUCUAACAGUCAAAGCCAAGAAGCGGCUCGCUACACAUCCUCAAGCCAUCCCCCAGGUGGGAGUGAUCGUCCGAGAAAGCAGAUUCGCUUCAGUCCAUGUAAUCCUGUGCGUCCUAUGUCAGAAACUGGAUCUUCUUUAUUGCACCAUGCAUCCCCGUCCCGUAGUUUGAAAGCUCCUUCACAUAUUAGACAUCCCUCUUCUAGUCAGACGUACCAACCUGGAGCAUUUCCAGAGGUUGUAGCACAAUCCUUCCAAAGCCUAGAGUCCCCUGUAGAUACCGGGUUGGAGAUCCCUUUCGGUUUAAGUGUGCUUCAGAAACUAUCAGCAGGUGCCAGAUUGUCGCCGGAUCUGCAAUCCCACAACUCACCUCCUUAGAAUACAAGAUCUGAUGUUCCAGUUUUUCUUUUUGCAAACUGGAGUCGGAAUUGAUUCCACAGAAUAGCUCUGAGCUGGGUCUUGUUCUACUAAACAAUUUUUGUAACACAAGCGAAAGCUAAAGCUGCAUACCUGUGGCAUUGUAGGAUACCCGAAGAUAACAAGUAAAGUUCGUUAUAUUCUUUUACCACAUA